UUGCAGGAGAAGCUGAGGAUUGUGGGAGUUGUGGUUCUUCAGGAUGAUUGUCUCCGUGCUGCUCUGCUGCUGCUCCUUCAGUCUGCUGCGUCUCUCUUCUUCUCUGGUUCAUGGAAAUGUCGCCGACACCUCCUUCCUGUCUGACAUGGAGAGAAGCCACGCCACCAACCGCGCGCUCAACCCCGGGUUCGACCCCGCCCUCCUGUCUGUCGACUCGGUGGAGGAUCACUUCCUGAUGGAUGCAGGCUACUACAACGAGGACUCGUCAGCAGCCAUGCAGCUGCAAGGGCGGGCCAUGCGUUCGUCUCGUCGCUGCAUCGCCCACCAGCAGUCGUGUCUAGGUUACCCACUGCCCUGUUGCGACCCCUGUGACACCUGCUACUGCCGCUUCUUCAACGCCAUCUGCUACUGCCGCCGGGUCGGCCACGCCUGCCCACCCAGACACCCCUGACGCCGUGCAGAUGAAAACAUUGUUGAUGCUCUUUCUGUUACUCAUUGGAGAACAUAUGCUCUUUGUGUAAUAAACAACUGCUGAGGAAAGUA